UGAAGGUACGACGCACGAAUCGUGACAGCAGGGCAUGCAUACAGCUAGCAUCCGGCGCGCAUAAAAUGAUGCUACAAACGGCACUCACCGAAUCCAUUAGUUGCAUGCAUGUACUUUCUUGUGGUACAGGUCAGUAGGCUUGCAUGAUAGCAAACGCGCCACUGGAGGCUUUUCACUCGUCGACGGAACAUUAAAACAAGCGUACACGUUCAGAUGGGCAAGAUGCACAAUCUUUUAGGCGGUCGAGCAAAUCUCACCCGCUUAGGAGGCUGGGUAGUUCAUCGUGGUUGCCGUCUGAUGGGGCAGUCACCGUCGUGCCAAGAAAACAUGUGUACGUGCGCGUAGUAAGUGGUUCAUAUGGGACUUAUGCGUGUUGGCUACGCAGCGUGUGCCUCUGGAAUCAUGGUACUGUGCACAACUCAGGCGAUGUUAGGAUGAACGGGACCCUAGCACCUCAGGAGGAUGGCGUGAAUGAAAUGAUGCCCCCACCCCUGGGAUACUUCAUAUUCCAAGCCCUCUUCCUCUCCAUCAUCAUGAUCGUCACCAUUCUCGGAAAUGUAGCAGUGUGUUACGUAGUGCAUCGUACCCGCAGUAUCACCACAGUGACCGGUAUGUGCAUCACCUCCUUGGCCCUGGCUGACUUAUUUCGAGGCAUACUCGUCCUUCCCAUAGUCAUCUUCGCCUCUAUAUUUGGCGGCGAGUGGGCCUUGGGCGAUGUGGUGUGUUCCCUGAGUGGGCUUUGGUACACGCUGUUUGGUACGGCCAGCGUGAUGACACUUGCUGCCGUCUCUAUCGACAGAUAUGUAGCUAUACUGAAGCCGUUGAAGUACACGUCUAUUAUAACCACCGCGCGAGCAGCGUUCUUCAUCUGUCUCAUUUGGCUGGUAUCCAUCCUGAUGGCAUUGCUACCGAUAAUGGGCUGGUCCCGCUACGGUUUCAGCCCGUGGAACGGCAUAUGCAUCGCCAAUUGGAUUGAAUACAAACCCUACGCGUGUUUCUACCUCAGUAUAUCGUUUCUCUUGCCAUUCUCCGUCCUGGUAUUCUGCUAUUAUAACAUAUUCAAGGUGGCCCGGCACCAGUCCAGACGAGUGAUGUCACUGGAGGUGACGUCAGUCGAUGGGCGGGGCUCCACUGGGUUGGGGCUGAACUCGAGACUAAGGCCGGGCCGGCCAGACAAACGCCCUCGUCUGGUCAUGAGGAAAGAGAAGAAAGCAGCCAUGACUUUAUUCACAGUAAUGGGUGUGUUCAUACUGUGCGUCACACCUUACAAUGUUGUGCACCUUGCCUAUGCCUUUGAAGGUUCAUUCAACCUCACAGUGGCCCUCGGUGUCACCUCAAUGCUUUCGUUUGUAAACUCGGCAGCUAAUCCUCUCAUAUACGGCAUAUUGAACCGUAAGUUUCGCCACGUGUUCCUGGAGGUUCUCAAAUGCCGCUAUUGCCCGCGCUGCUGCUGUGGGGCUGGCGCCGGACCCGAUGGCUUCCAACACGAUGAUAUCCCUUCGGAUAUGCCCACAGCGAGCAUGGGGCACAGACUCAAGCCGAUACCACGUGACAGCGGCUACAUGACGUCAUACACGCAGACCACGACCAGUACGCGCAACUGCGUGCCCGAUAUCUUCGCCGCGUCGGUGACUUCGACCAGCAACACGCUAGCUUCUCUUGGAGGCAACAUGAAGUCCAUCGCUCGGAUCGCCCAGGGACAACUCCCAAUGAUUGAAGACAUCUCAUCUGAUGAUGAGGAACUAGCCAGCCCUGGAAUCAUGAAGAAUGGUCGGUUGCCACAAUCCAAGAUCGGCCUGCGAGCAAGGUUUGUGGAUGUCACCGAAGCGCCUCAAUCGUCAGUGGAUAAUACCUCGGAUCCAUCCGACGCGAUUCCGGGAACCAGUAUGAGCAAAGACUCGGGUCAGAAAUCACCGCUAGAUAAUAAUGACUUCAGACUUAUCCUGUCCCCAACUGCUCUAUAAUUCACGACGAAAAUAUAGCGUUCGUCACGGUCGGCCUGCAGCGAAGGCAAUCAAUGCGGACGCACUCGCAUAUUCCCAGAUUGUUGUCCUUGUCGGGAAGAAAAACAAACGUAGAAUCCAUAAGUUAGCAGGAGGUUGUGGCCAGUGUAGUAUAUACUGCCUCGAGGAACAAAGCUGGAAAAGUAGUCUGUUUCAGUCGUCUCCAUUUUAAUAGACGGUGGCCGCGGCGCGCGAUGGCACAUCACACAUCAUCAACGAUCAAGAUUUGUCUGUAAAUUUGGUUCACACUUGCCUUUCUUAAAUGUCAUUAAUGUACUCAGAUUCACGGAUAAUUAUAGUUGAUUACAAGUUUUAGGCCCGUUACCAGCCUGGUGUGAGGGUUGGGUCUGGGUUUUUUUUUGAGGGGGGUAAAAUUGACCUUUUUUACUAAAUCUUAAGACUUUAUUUCGGCAAGUUAUCUUGCAGUUCGCAUUGACAAAAUAAACCGAAGAUUCCCACCAUAUUUUCUCUACGGGCACGGCCAAUUUUGGUGCGGUUGUGUAGGUAGGAUGAUUAAAAUAAUACGGACUGGGGCAUGUAGGCUCGU